AUGAUUGGAAUAAAUAACUCUUUAAAAGGUAAUUUAGCAAGAUAUAUUUUAUUAAUAUAGUUAUUAGUGUUUAAGUAAUUAUUAAUUCCAUGCAUUUAUAGGAUGUUUUUGCAAAAUAAUGAUUGUUGUCCAAAUGCAAUUAUUUUUAUUAAUCAAUAAUAAAAGUAAUUUUAAAAUACAUGAAGAAAAAUAGAGAAAGAUCUUUUCAUUGCCAUGUGAAGACUAGCUUUGUUAUUUAAGGUUGGUAAAUUCAUUUGAAAUUACUAUAAAAUUAUUUAUUAUUUUAUGUCACACAUUGUAUAUUACAGUAUAUUAUGGUGCAUUUAUUAAAUUAUAUCGUAUAUAAUAUUUUCUAUAAUAUAUUAUAGUAUUAAAUUUUAAUAAUUAGAUAAUCAUGGACGAAAGGAGGGUUGCAGAUUACUUUGUUAUUGCUGGUUUACCUGGACAAGACAAUGAUUUUGAUAAUGAUAAUGAAAACGACCAGUUAGAAGAUUGGUAUCAAGAAGGAACACAUGUAAAAGACAUGACUAUGAAACCUCCUAUCACUGAUCUUGCUAUUAUAUUUCCAGCAUUGGGUGAAAAAUGCCCAGAAGGAUAUGUUUUGCUAGAACAUACUGUUUCAGGCUUACCAGCAGAUUUAAAUCAUGGAAGUUUAAGAACAAACGAAUGUUACUUAUGUUACCGCCGAGGGCGUGAUAAACCGCCAUUAGUAGAUAUAGGUGUAAUAUAUGAUGGUAAAGAACGUAUAAUGCAAGAUGCCGAAAUGAUAUUAGAAACACCAAAAGGACACUUAGCUAAUGUGAAUAACUCAGCAGCAAGAAUAUUUGUGACAUAUAGACGAGCAAGUCGUAAAAUGCCAUGCAACUCAUUAGUCGUGACUGACAUUUGUGUAAUAUUGACAAAUAAAGGAGAAACUCCUCCACAUGCAUUCUGUGUUAUCAAUAAAAAUUUGAACAAAGGCAUGUUGGGUAGUGAUGUGUUUCUGUGCUAUAAGAAAUCUAUGAAUCGGGCAAAUUUAAUAUCUUUUAAACCUACAAUAUUAUAUAAAUAUCCAAUAGUUGAUUACAGCAGUUUUAUCUUCCCAAAUUCUGUGGCAAUGUUUUGUUUGCCAAUGGGAGCAACAAUAGAAUGUUGGCCUAAAGUGGCAUGUAAACCUAAGCCAGUAUUUUCCACAUUUGUUUUGACAGUUGCUGAUGCAGCUCAAAAAAUAUAUGGAUCAGCAAUAACAUUCUAUGAGGAAAUUGAAUUAGACAUGGAUAUUUCAAAUUUUAAGGAAAAUCAACAACCCGCUGAUGUACUCAUGGAAAAUAUGAAAAAUUCUGUUGAACAUGCAGAAAUUGAUUAUCAACAAUUAAAAAUGAAAACACACAAACAAUCUGGAAUAUUUAAAAAGCUUACAUUAUCACAGUUAGAAAAAUUGCAAUAUACAAAUCCUGCAACACAAUCUUUAAAUAUUAGUAAAUCUAUAUGCAUCUUAUCACAUUGGCCAUUUUUUGACACAUUUGAGAAAUUUUUAGUUUUCUUACAUAGCAUGUGUAACAACAAACCACAACAUGUUCCUAUUGAAAAGUAUAUAGCAUAUUUUUUGUACGACAUACCAUUUCCAAGUCCACAGAGACCGAGAAUUCUUGUGCAAUUAAGUACUAAAGACAGAUUGAUUUUGACUCAACCAGAAGAUUUGGCAUUACCUAGAUCUGGUGCAAGUUUUCGACAGUUACUCAUAAACUUGGGACCCGAUAAUUGUUUACUUAUAUUGUUAUUAAUCCUUACUGAACAGAAAAUACUUGUACAUUCGUUACGUCCUGAUGUACUUACAUCAGUGAGCGAAGCAAUCGCUAUGAUACUGUUUCCAUUUAAAUGGCAAUGCCCGUACAUACCUUUGUGUCCGCUUGGAUUGGCUGAAGUUCUGCAUGCUCCACUACCAUUUUUAAUAGGUGUGGAUUCUAGAUUUUUCGACUUAUAUGAUCCUCCCUCUGAUGUUAAUUGUGUAAAUUUAGAUACAAAUAAUAUAGCAAUUUGUGAUGAUAAAAAAUAUUUAAAUGUAAAAUUAUUACCAAAGAAAGCAGCUAGACAACUCAGAAAUUGGUUAGAACAUCUUUAUUCAAAAUUAAUUUCUUUGGGCAAAAGUUAUUCAUCCAUGAAAGAUACAGAAGAUGAAGAAUUUAGUGUGGAUAAAGAAUUUCAGCAAAAACGAAAAGAACAAGCUUUGGAACUUGAAAUACAAGAUGCUUUUUUAAGAUUUACGGCUACUAUACUCAAAGGCUAUCGUGCUUUUUUACUACCAAUUACCAAAGCACCAACGGUUGGAUCUACGGAUCCAACUAGUUUAUUCAACAUACAAGCGUUUCUUAGAAGUCGGGACAAGGCUCAUGCAAAAUUUUAUAGUAUGUUAGUGAAAACACAAAUGUUUAUAAGUGCCUCUUUUGGAAUUGGAUGAAUCUCAGCAUAGUGAAAGAACAGUAUUUAUACCUCCACCUGAACCUGGCCCAAAUAAAUCUCCGAUAAUAUAUCGUACAUUUAAAUUGAAUCCUGAAUUAAUAAGACCACAAAAAAAUUUUAACAUAGGAAAUCCGAAUUUAAGUGCCUUCGGAAUAGUACCAGGAAGUCCUAUGGCACGUAGAACCAAACACGAAAUCAAGGUAGCACAACGGAUGGCACGCAAACAAGCAGCAAUGCCGGAUAGGUGGGGUAGAUGUCUACUUGGAACUUGUUACAGUCUUUGGUUUUUGCAUUUGCCGGCUAUGCUGCAGGUGUCCAACCAACCGGCUACGAUUUUACAUCAAGCUUAUGAUUUAUUAGUUAAAAUGCCAAAAUUACAUCUUGACCCUAUCGAAGAAGUUUGCUAUAGAGCUAUGAUGCAACUUUGUGGUGUUUAUGGACAACCUGUUUUAGCUGUAAAAUUAUUAUUUCAUAUGAAACGCAGUGGAGUUCAGCCGAAUGCACUCACAUAUGGAUUCUAUAAUAAGGCUGUACUCGAAGCAACUUGGCCAUCUGAUAUGACAAACUCCAGUCAAUUGAUGUGGAAUAAAUUAAGAAAUGCUAUAGUUGGAGCUGCUCUAUUUAAGAGAGCUGGUAAAAGAAGUGCUAGAAGAAGAUUAAGUUCUAAUGUAGAAUUGCUAUCUGUUGAUGGCAAAAUUGCAAGUAUGGAACAUGCAUUUUCUAGAUCUAGUCUUGAUAGUUCUCAUUCUCAAGACACAGAAGCCGCCCACAAGGUAGGUUUUCAUUUCUUUUUUUUUUUUUCUUUUCUCGCUUUUUUGCCAAUAUUGAUAGCUACUAAGGGGAGCUCUGUCUCAGAUCUGCCAGAAUAUGGACCUUUUGAAAUAAAAAAACUUCCUCGACAAAAUAGUAUUGUUAAAGAUUCAGUAUUAAGUGUUAUGCCAACAGAGGAAUUGGAUAUGUCGCUGAAUCAAAGAAUAAUUCGAAAUUUAGAAUCACCAUUAAAAAGUCCUAUUCGUACACCGGUCACAGAAAAUGACCCAUUAGGUGCUUUAAUUAAUGAUGAAACUCCGAUUGUUUCACCUUCCGAAGAAAACGAUUCAAAUUGUUCAACAAGUACUUUGACUGUUUUUAACAAUGUCGAAGAACGUCCAGGAGGACCACUUUUGUUUCGAAGUAAUAUUUUGCCUCGUAGUGCAACAUUUCAUCAAACGGUAGAUGAAACUGGUGUCGCGAUAGGUGGACAUUUACAGAGGAGUGAAACCAUGCCUCAUUCUGUUGCACAACAAGGAGAACAAGAUAAGGAAAGAGAACGGCUAGAAAUAAGUAGCCUCUGGUCUCAAAAGGACAGUGUUACUUCCAGUCUUUCAAGCUUAGGCUCUAGUUUGAAACUCAGUUUUGGGCCUACUAGUUUGACAGGAAAGAAAUCCAAUGAAAUAAUACUCGGUGGUUUAAAUAGUUUAAAAUCUGCUGCUACAACAGUGGUAAAAAAAUUUGAUGAAAUUAAGGAAGCUAUCUCUGCAACAAGUACUCCUGUAAAAUUGAAGGAGCGCGAAUAUAGAAUACCACAUGGUGCAUCGCACGAAUCGUUGGACUCCAUGACAGAUGGUUCUUUACAAGAUAGAAACGAGCCUCUUAAAGUUACUGGAGAUGGAACUCUAGAUCCUUAUACGUUAUACGAUUUAACCGAAUGUUUGUAUCCAAAAGGAUCAAGAGAAUUAGAUGAACGGAUUGCUAUCGAACUUGUACUCUCCAGUGCGAGUAGGUGUCAUCAUUGCGCCUCUAUUCUUUAUGAUGAAGAAAUAAUGGCUGGUUGGCAGCCAGAAGAUUCAAAUUUAAAUACAGUUUGUCAGUACUGUGAUAAAGCAACAGUACCUUUACUUACUGUUACGAUAUUAGAUUACAGAUGCGAGGAAAAUGAAAAGAAGAGUGACCCUCUAAUGGGAGCUUUGGUUGAAUUAUUAGAUAAACCGAAAGAAUUAUUAGAACCUAUUACGGUGCCAUACUUAAAUCCUCUAGUUUUAAGGAAAGAACUAGAAAGUGUUUUAAGUCAAGAGGGUGACGCGUGUCUUACUAAACAUAAAUUUAUUGAGGAACAUCCAAUAGUAUAUUGGAAUCUUAUAUGGUAUUUCGAAAGGAUUAAUUUAACGAGUCACCUUCCUGAUUUGUGGUUAGGCAACGAUAAGAAGAAGGAACAGAUAAAUUACAGUGCUGUAGGUGUCAAAACUAUGUGGGAUAACGAAAGGCUUCACAUGGAUCGCUUGCCUAUGUAUCUUCAAUGGAAAUUAAACAUUGCAGAUGACAAAACAUUAAUGCAGUCAGUAAUCACGAAUGUUCGUCGGAAUGAUUUAGCGGAACCUAUAAAAAGAGUGGCCUUAGAAAGAAAUAAAAAUCAAUCAACUAACCAACCGCUAUUUUCUAUAUACCGAGAUAUUCUGUUUCUGGCAUUUACAGUUUUGGGGAGAGGAAAUAUUGACCAAGGUGUUUUCGACAGAGAAUACACUCUAUCUUUGGAAAGACUAACAGAAAAAGAAGAGAAGCUCUUGUGCAAAAUUGAUGCUCCGCCCUCAAUGAUGUCAGUGUUUUGUAGACAUUAUUUUAAGCAACUAAACGUGUAA